GGACAAUUACGUAAUGCAAACGGACUCGAUACUUUGUAGCUAUUCAAAGAUCUCCAUCCCCCUGCAUGAAGCUCAACAGACAACUUAAAUAUAAAGGAUCGAACUUUUACAGGAGAGCAACACUGGCCCCGUGAGCUGAAGGUCAACCGACUGUGUAGCCAAUUGUGUAGCUGUAGUGACUUCUCACUGAUUCUAAAGAUCAACUGAAGAUAAAAAGUUGAACCUUGCAAGGAGAGCAACAACACUGAAAGUUUUUAUACAAUCAAGGAGGUGGCACAGACAACUGUUGGUUUUUCCAGACGCUACAACAGAUAAUGACAGUAGACUAGGAUUUAAACCCAGCAGUGAUACGUUGGUUUCCCUGAGACCGAACAUGGAGCAGCGAAGCGUGAAAGUUCUGCAGCUGUCUGCACAAGAGACAGCAGCCCUGAGGGCAGGCGUCAAUCUGAUUCACAAAAAUGUCGGAAACUUCAUUAUCUACAAGGAUCCUACAACUCCAGAGGAUCCAUACAAGGCCUGCCGCAACGUCUGCAGACAUCAGCGCGGACUCUUCGUGAAAGACAUCGAAGAUGCCGCCUGCAACGUCGUACGAUGUACCAAACACAACUGGAAGCUGGAUACAUCUACCAUGAAGUAUGUCAACCCACCUGACAGUUUCACACAGGAACUGCUAUUUCCUGAGGUGGACGAUGAGGGCAGGUUGACUCUGGUGGAGCUCAACCCUCCUGAACCGUGGGAGAGAGACCCCCGGCCCCCGCAGAGGAUUGAACCCGGGGAGGUGAAGGUGACCUUCUUUGCGCAUGCGUGCAUGGAGGUGAAGCUGGGAGACAAGACCAUGUUCUUCGACCCAUGGCUGACCGGACCCGCCUUCGCUAGAGGGUGGUGGCUGCAACACGAGCCGCCCGCUGAUUGGCUGGAAAGGUUGUCACGUGCCGACCUAAUUUACAUAAGCCACGAGCACUCGGAUCAUCUCAGCUACCCAACGCUGGAACUGCUAUCGAAGAAGAACCCAAACAUCCCCAUCUACGUGGGGGACACGUCCGUGCCUGUGUUCUGUAGGCUGAAGCAGAGCGGGGUCAAACUGAACUGCAUCAACAUCUGCAAAUUUGGGGUGUGGCAAGACAUCAACGCAGACACACGUUUCAUGAUCCUGAUGGACGGUGUUCACCCCGAGUUUGACACCUGCAUCUUGAUAGACUACAAGGGUAGGUCAGUAGCCCGCAGGUCUACAGAAGGAUUCACUGGCCAGCAAGAUUCCCAGUUGCGGAUGAAUUGGAGCAAUUCUCUCUCUCAUCUUUUCACUUCAGAGGAAUGGAAAGAAAGGUUCAUGGCGAAUGACAGAAAGAAUCUGCUGUUCCACAAGAAAGAAGUAGUGCGUGAGGUCAACCCCAAAGUCUACUGUCCGUUCGCCGGCUUCUUCCUGGAAGCACAUCCAGCGGACAAGUACAUCCUGAACAAUAACCCUAAGAACAAACCAGAGCAACUAGCGGCCUUCAUCAACAGGCACCUGGACUCCGUGAUGACGUGGACACCCAAGCCUGGGUCCACAGUAGACCUGGCGCUGGCCCUGGGUGACCCCGCUGACCGCAGGCUCGCCAUAGUCGAUCCUCCACCCGAGACCAAGUUGUACAAGGACACCUGGGACUUCGACUUCUACAUUGACAAGAUCAACGAGAGUAUAGACAACGAGAUUUUUGCCUACCCAGAUUGGAUUCCGUUCUACUAUGAGUGGAUAGGGUUCAAGAACUAUGACCUGGUUCUUCGGAUGAUAGAGACUGAUGACUACUUUCAACCCGUGGAGGGAGGGUACGACUUUCUUGUGGACUUCAUGGACUUGUCCUUCCCUAGUCAGCGACCUACCAGGAAACAUGCGUACUUGGAGAUCAAGAACAGGAUCGGGGUCCACAGACAGACUGUUCUGCACGGGCUGUUUUGGGACGACCUCUACCUGGGAUUCCAGAACCGCCUGUCGCGUGAUCCGGACACCUUUCAUUUCAAGUUCUGGAAUCACGUGCAGAUUCUGCUGUCUCUGCAGCCGCCAGACUGGGAGGGUUUUCUCAGCAGGCAGAGGAGGUUACACAGUGCCAGUGGGAAACUUCCCAGGGCGGUGUGGAAACCGCCACGCAGCAAACCUACAGUCAACCGUCUACUGGGAGUUCUGGUCCAGGCAAAGGCACUUCUUGUACCAGCGACCAUGGCUCUCCUGGCGAUUUUGGCCUAUAAUGUUCUCUAGAUCAACUGGGAAUACAAAAUGCCAAAACAGUGACAGAGCGGAAAACAUUUUUUGUCAGAUACUCUUGGGACACUCUUGUAUAAUCACUUGUCGUAAUUUUAAUGUUAAUCUUGCCAACUUAAAUGUUGAAAGAUAAUUUGUGUCGCUGUAAUAGGUUUACUAGUUUGUGAUUUAUUCUAAGCUAGCAUAAUAUGUAACAUCACAUUUAGAUAGAGAUGUAUAACACAACUAGCAUGUUGUGGAUCACCACGGGCAUGGCUGCUAUAGCGAGUGAAGUGAAAUUAGACAUGUCAAGACUUUGGAUGCUACCUCAAAACAACUUUAAUGUAUCAUUUAGUGUGUAACCAAAAUAUCCUCACUUCGCCGAGGUAAAAAUGAGUAUCGCAGUGCGGUUACGGACAUUCCCUUGUUUGAUGAGAGUCAUGCCUCAAGAACAUUUAAAGAGCAUGGGUCCUUCUCUGUUUGAGUGGAUCAAAUACAGUUUGUACUGAAGCGGGUGGGUUAUGCCACGAAGAAUUUUACCGGUUCAUACAAACAAACCCCUGGUAAUGGCUGAACAUUUGAGGUAAUCACCAACUCCUGCAUACUACGCAUUUUUUGAUAGGGCUCGGGUGAAGAAUUAUUUCAUGAAAAAAUGCGAGUAGGGCUUUCCGUAUGAACACCAAAGUUUCGAAUUCUUAUCUUAUUUAGUUUUUUUUAUUACUUUCUGUACAAAGACGGGUUUAAAGGGAGAGUAAUUAACCUGAUAGUUACAGACGAAACAAAAUGUAUGUUACAUUUUACAACCUGAUUAUUUAGGUAAUAGUAAUAGUGACAUCUAUAAAACUCAAUUGUAAUACUUAAUCCCCAUCCUUCAACAUAAUACGCGUCGGCAUAUAAAACUGAUAAUGGAAUAAAAUCUGAUCAAGGUUUCA